UUUCGCAAACCCAAUCCCGCAGUGGCGCCCUCUAUCCCCUCGGCAUUUCGGCAAUGGCCACCGUCACGCCCCUAACAGUAACAGCCUCCCCGCUCAGCGGCCACCUCCUCCGUCACCGCCGGCGCGGCCGUCUCCACGCCAAGCACCAGCCCCAGCCGCCGCGCCGCCGACCGCGCACCGCGCGGCUCUACUGCGCGCCGGACGGGGGCGCUGGCGAGGUCUCGGCCCCUCCCGCUCCCCCGGCCGCCGAGGAGCAAGCGCCGCAAGAGCAGCCCCAUGAUUUCAACCUCCUCGCUGUCAACCGCAGCGAGUUCAACGAGAUCAUCAUGGUCAUCGACUCGCCCGCCGCGCGAUACCUCGUCCUGGACCACAACAAGAAUAUCCACAGCGUUCUCCCCAAGACCACUGUCUGGACAAACUCCUACUGGGAUGAGUUCGUGAGCCUGCCGCCGGUUGUUCCACUUGGUCCUGUUGCACUCCUAGGUUUGGGUGCUGGGACUGCAGCACAUCUGAUGCUAAAGUUUUGGCCUUGGUUGCAACUUGUUGGCUGGGAGAUUGAUCCUAUGAUAGUUGAAUUGUCAAGGCAAUUUUUUGGUAUGUCUGAUUUAGAGAAGGCCACAGAAUCUGGUGGUUCACUUUCUGUGCACAUUGGUGAUGCACUUUCUCCAUCAGCUACAGUUGAAGGAGGAUUUGCUGGAAUUGUUGUAGAUUUGUUUUGUGAUGGAAAGGUCAUACCUCAGCUGCAAGAAGUUGAAACUUGGUUGCAAAUUGCAAAAAAGCUAAUGCCAGGUGGUCGAAUUAUGGUUAAUUGUGGUGGAGCGGACGUUGAAGAAUCUCUUUCAUCGUCCUGGGUUCAAAACCCUACAGUUAAAGCACUAUGCUCUGCAUUUCCCGGGCAGCUAAACUGGAAGAGGCUGUCGGAGAAAGAGAGUGUAAACUAUGUCGCUCUGACGGGUCCUCUUCCAGGCUUGGAUGAGUGGUCUGCCUCAGUUCCUAGUGAGCUAAGCACGAAAGUGAAACAAUGGGUGCCUUGCGAGCUUGCGUGAUGCCGGCAUUUUCUUUUCUUCUAGUUGCACCUAAUUGUUUCAGCAACUUGUCCAUGACCUCUGUGGCGCUCUCCAUGCUCCUUUAAUUUCUGGUGUGUUUGUGGCAUCUGAAGCAAAGCUGAAUCCAGAUGUUUAUGUGGAUACCAGUGGAACAGGUAAAUACGGAUUAGUUUUGUUAUUGAACCAUUGAGUACAGCACAGCCAUGGGAGAGAAUCUUGAGAAUAUCCCAAGACAAUUGUUUAGAUUGGGCAUGUCAAGACAAAUUUUGCAGCAAGAAGGUUGGAGCCCAUAGCGCAGAACAAUUUCUGUCGUCUCCUGCUUCUAGCAUUCAUACAUGCCUUUGUUGUGUGGCAAAGUGACACUUCAUUUGUCUGAACAGCUGUCCAGUAGCACUCACUGUCACUGACAAUGACUGCUCGUUAGCACCCAACGCUGAUGGCUACAUGUUAUUGGUUCUCUGCUGUUUGCUGUGGAUGAUGAGCUGAAUCAAAGUACUUGACUGCAUGCUUGAUGUGCUUUGGAUACCUUGUGUAGUUGUGUGUUCACCAUUCAAACAAUACAAUAUACCGAAAGAACAUUCACUCAAUUGAGUUUCCA